UUUCCCCGCCGGCCGCGUCCCGUCCGCUCCCUGCGAACCAGGAGUGCCCCCUGCGCGCCCCCGGGCUCCGCUCCGGCCCGGCUGCGCCAGACGCAGCUCUGCCCGACGGCGACAUGGGCGUCCCCCCAGUCCCGGGGGCUGGCAGCUGGCGCUGGGGGCCUGUGCUCCUCGCCUUCUUCCUGGCUGCCUCCCGAGGUCUGGUGGCAGCAUUCAAGGUCGCCACGCCGUAUUCCCUGUAUGUGUGUCCCGAGGGACAGAACGUCACUCUCACCUGCAGACUCUUGGGCCCCCUGGCCAAAGGGCACGACGUGACCUUCUACAAGACCUGGUACCGCAGCUCACGGGGUGAGGUGCAGGCCUGCUCGGAGCGCCGGCCCAUCCGCAACCUCACAUUCCAGGACCUUCACCUGCACCACGGCAGCCACCAGGCCAACUCCAGCCAGUAUGUGGCCCAGCGCCACGGGCUGGAGUCAGCCUCUGACCACCACGGCAACUUCACCAUCACCAUGCGCAACCUGACCCUGCUGGACGGCGGCCUCUACUGCUGCCUGGUGGUGGAGAUCAGGCACCGCCACUCGGAGCAGCGGCUCUACGGAGCCAUGGAGCUGCAGGUGCAGAGAGGUGAAGAGGCACCAUCCAAGUGCACUGUGUACCCACCCUCCUCCAAGGAGAGUGAAAGCAUCACGGCUGCUGCCCUGGCUACGAGCGCCUGCAUCGUGGGCAUCCUCUGCCUCCCCCUCAUCCUGCUCCUGGUCUACAAGCAAAGGCAGGUGGCCUCCAACCGCCGUGCCCAGGAGCUGGUGCGGAUGGACAGCAACAACACUCAAGGAAUCGAAAACCCCGGCUUUGAGACCUCUCCACCUUCCCAUGGGAUGCCAGAGACCAAGCCCAGGCAACCCCUGACCUACGUGGCCCGGAGGCAGCCUUCUGAGUCUGGGCGGCAUCUGCUCUCUGAGCCCAACACUCCUCUGUCUCCACCAGGCCCCGGGGAUGUCUUCUUCCCCUCCCUAGACCCUGUCCCUGACUCUCCAAACUCUGAGGCCAUCUAGACCAGCUGGGGGCCGUGGGCAGUUGUGGCUGGGCCUGGGGCAGGUGCAUUUGAGCUAGGGCUGGCCCUCUGAGUGGUCCCUCGGCCUUGGCCCUGGUUUCUUUCCUCCUGCUCUAAGCUCAGACUCUUGGAAAUACCCCUGAUGGCCAGACCCUCAGCCUCCCUGGAUGCUACGUGGCAGAAGGGAGAAGAUGUUGGAUCGCUCAGCCCGUCUCAAGGAUGGUGGGGUGCUGGGAUCCCACCCCAGAGACCUGAAAUUCACCAGCUACUGAUGCCAAAUGACCUCCAUCUUAGAGGCCCCAGAACUGCCAGCUGUGUGGCAGCCUCUCUCCCUGGGACAUAAGCCUUGGGACCCGACAGCAGAGAUGGGCACUGGGCAGACUCCCCAGUGCCACCCUCCAGGCAUGAGGGACAAGAUAGGACAAGAUGUGGAGAGACUCCUCCCCGCUGUGGUGGACCCAGCUCCCCCAUCUCGCCUGAGACUGCUCGUCUGUCAAACCUCUUUGUAAUCAUCAGCCUCUGGGGCUGGGCCUCCAUGACCCUGGGCCGUGGGAGCCUUCCCCAGCCGCCUUCUAGCAGCCAACUCUGAGGGGCCGUCAGCAGGUUACACAAAUCUGGGGCUCCCACUGCCUGCACUCUGGUCCCCAGAAUUCAUUGGCCAGAAGCCCCAAAACGGGAA